GCCAACAUGGCAGCGGCAGCUCUGAGAUGGACGGCAAUCAUGGCGGCGCUUGCGGUUGUAUUUGGCUCGAAAUAUCGUCGAGGGGAUAAUGUUCCUCUUUACGCGAACAAGGUUGGACCCUAUGGAAAUCCUUCUGAACAAUACGAGUACUAUACCCUUCCUUUUUGCGCGCCCAAGGAAGAGGAGAGGAAACCUCAUCAUCUUGGGGAGAUCCUUGUCGGAGACAGGAUGAUGAAGACGCUGUUUGCACUUCCCUUCUUGAUUCCCUUCGAGUCCAGAACAUUAUGUUCCUAUACUCUUAAGCCCAAGGAGAUUGAGAUGUUCCAGCGGGCAAUUGACGAGGACUACUACUUCGAGUUUAUCUAUGAUGACAUUCCUCUUUGGGGCUUCAUCGGCGACAAGUCUUCCGAGCUUGUGAACGGCGAGAACGUGACUAUGUACAGUCUGUUCACCAACUACAUCUUCACCAUUGCACACAAUGGUGAGGAGAUCCUGGAGAUAACCUGGGAACACGAUCCAGAGCAGAACCUUGACAUCACGGACUCGACGAAUCCAAUCGACGUUCACUUCAUGUACUCCGCGAGGUGGGUUAAGUCUGUACACAAGACACGCGACCACGUGCUAGAGCACAAGGAGUCUCCGCAUCAGCACCUUGAGAUCCGAUGGUUCUCAAUCUUCAAUUCCAUCGUCACCGUCCUCCUGCUGACCGGCUUCCUUGCGACCAUUCUGAUGCGAGUGUUGAAGAACGACUUUGCUCGGUAUGCGCACAUGGAGGAGGAGACAGGGAUGGAUCAGGAUGAGAGUGGCUGGAAGCUCGUCAAUGGCGACGUCUUCAGGUUCCCCCAGCACAAGGAGCUUUUCGCUGCCGUCCUUGGCAAUGGAGCUCAGCUGCUGUGCAUGUGCCUUGGAGUGCUCUUCCUCGCAUGCCUCGGGCCUUACACGAGGUACAACCGCGGGGCCCUGCUGGUAGCAGCCCUGCUGAUCUUUGCGCUGACAUCGGGCAUAAAUGGAUAUGUCGCCGGUAACCUUUACACCAAGAUCGAGGGAUCCAAUUGGGUCUGGGCGCUUGUCACCUCUUACUUGCUCUUUCUUGGCCCCUUCUUCAUAAUGGCAACCUUCCUCAACUUUGUUGCAGUCGCCUACAACUCGUCGGCUGCUCUUCCCUUUGGAACCGUUGUCAUUAUUCUCCUCAUCUUAACUCUCGUCAGCUUCCCUCUCAACAUCGUUGGCGGAAUCUCUGGGCGAAACUUCGCGGGCCCGUUUGAGGCUCCGUGCAGAACCAACAAACUUCCUCGAGAGAUUCCUCCUCUCCACUGGCACAGACAGGCACCCUACCAGAUGGUGAUGGCUGGGUUCCUCCCCUUCAGCGCCAUUUACAUCGAGCUCUACUAUGUCUUCGCCUCUGUGUGGGGCAGGCAGCUCUACUCCCUCUACGGGAUCCUCCUCCUCGUCUUCCUUAUCCUCAUCAUCGUUACCUCCUUCAUCACCAUCGCCUUGACAUACUUCCAGCUGGCGGUGGAGGACUACAGGUGGUGGUGGAGGAGCAUCUUCAGCGGAGGAUCGACAGGCUUCUUUAUCUUUGCCUAUUGCUUCUAUUACUUCCGGUUCAAAGCUCAUAUGACAGGUUUCAUGCAAACUUCCUUCUUCUUUGGGUACAUGAGCAUGGUCUGCUAUGGCGCUUUCCUCAUGCUCGGAACUGUUGGUUUCUUCUCUGCCCUCGCCUUUGUCCGCUACAUCUACCGCUGCAUCAAGUGCGAUUGAUUUCACUGGCAUCUGCUGCCUCCUCCACUCUCCCAGCUGGUGUACAACAAACAUCCCGCAAACUUUCGGAUUUCAGCUGCCGACUGCCAACGUCAUUUCAAGUUGCCUGUCACACCCCAAGCUGCUAGUAGGCUUGACCACUCUUCUUUAACAAAAUCAAGUGUAAUCCC